CGAUCAUAAAACUCAAUCGCUGCUUUGGAUCGGAGAGUUUCAAAAAUGAAUUGCCAAGUUUGUCAGCUGAAGGAACUGGAAGUGGAAUCAUUCGAGAUACGAGAGGUUCUACGCUGCAUUCUACAUACGAUAGUCUUCCACAGAGCACUUGGUCUUAUCCGCCCUAAAGAUAUUGAUUUGGAGCUUUUUGACAUCACUUACGUACAAUGUGGUGAAAUAGAAGUGGAAAAAAAGAUUGACGACAGGAUUGAGCAUUUCAUUAGCUGGAUUGAGAAACACCCCAACAAGAAGAAGACUCAGUUAUGUGUAUCGUUUUAUAAAGCCAAAAGCAAACAGCCAUGGUACGCUAGUAAAACUGAUCAUCGCUCCUUCUGGGAACGCUGGUACAUCAAUCUUAAUGUGGAUGUGGUUCUCCAUCCCACUAAAUCCCCAGUCGGAAACUCUAAGCUAGUUAUGGACCUUGGUGAUGCGUCUGAGGCGAGAAGUUGUCGUAGGAAACAGCUUGAGCAAUCCCUUCAACAAGUCUUGUUCCAAAUCAUUAAAUUCGUUAAUGACAAAAAGGAUCAUGUUCCUCCUCCUAUCAACGACGAUCGUGAAAUCUAUUGCCCUUUUGAGAUCACUAUCACAAGCGCCUCAUCGGAUUCAACCUUUGGGAAGGAUAUGUGGAAGAGGAUACUACUCAACAGUGGCCAUCCGAUCCAUCCAUGAUCAGUUGAUGAUGAUUCACAUAUAUAUCUGUUUACUUUCUCCAAUCAACUGACUUCUUUCCUAGCUACUUGCAUUUCUUAUGUAUUAAGUAAACAUAUAAACGUUUUGCCUCUUCCUUGGGUUUGUGGGUUGUUGAUGGGAUCUCUUAUCUCUAUGUAAACGAAUAAAUAAGACGUAGAAAGUUGGGAUUAACAUUAGUGUCGUC